AUGCGCCUGGGCCACGCCCCGCACCGCUGCCCGCGCCCCCAUGGCUCGCUACACACAGCCGCGUCGCCCCUACCUGCCGCUGCACCUCCAGCCGUUGCCUUGGCUCUGCUGCUGCGGGCCGCCUCCGCCGUCCGCCCCGCACGGCCGCUCCACCCGCGCCACUCGCGCGCGCCUCGCCUCCUCUGCACACCGCGCCCGCCUAGUCGCCCGCGCCCUAUCCCGCAUCGCCACCGCACCGCUCUGCCUCCCCCCUUGGCCAUGCCUUGGCCCAGCUCGCCGCCGACGCCUGUGGCUGCUGGUGCCCUGCGGCCGCGCGCCCUCGUCCUCUGCUCCGCCAGCGCCAUGCCACUGGCUCGGGUUGCCUCGCCCGCACCCAGUGCCUCCGCCGAGCUCACCCUCGCGCACAAGGCUCCCCGAACGCGCCCGCGCCUUUCACCGGCCGCGCCCCACACCGGGCUCGCGCCGCUCCGGCCACGGCCUCGCUGCACCGCUCGGGGCCGCUAG